UGGCAACUUUGAAUAUUCCAAAUAUGGGAGUGAGUUCAGAAAGCCCAGGGCGCCUGUCAGACCUCUGUAUGCAAACACACUAGGUAGAAAGGCAAAGAAACAUACGGAGAGACUUUGAGACUACAGUAAAGCAGGUUCAUGGUUCAGCUUUGUUUGUGUUGUGUUGUGCUCUGAAAUGAUGUGGCAUGUGCACUUUGAAACUAUGACAGGACACAGCACAGUAAACAGCGCACGUGUGUAUAUGGAAAACAUCUCAAAUAGACACCUUUUGCUUUAAGUUUAUCCGGCGCUGUGUCUCAUGAUGGAGCCCAGAGGGCAAGGCUGGCAUACGCCAGGCUAUCAGUACCAGUCUAGUAACAGAGACGACCACUACAGAUCCUCCCACCAAACACCGUAUUACUACCCACCUACAGACCCGAGAGGGAGCGAAAGACAGUGGCCCCAUGUGGAUCCUCACUAUGGAAGCUACAUGGCCAGUCCUCCUCCUAAACCAGAGUAUAUUCCUGGAUAUAGUAGUGCUUAUGCAUCAAACCAACCAUUACACUUCAGACCUCACUCCAGGCAGGAAUAUGACUACCCCGCGUCCAGCUACUGGCCCUACAGAGACGACUACGGCUAUUAUGAUUAUCGUGGUUAUCACAGAUCACAAUACAGCUCCCCAGAUGGUGGUGGCUGGAGAACAGAGGGGUAUCAGGGCAGAGGACUGCAGCAGGAGUCAGCAAGAGCUUCAUACUUCGAUCAGCAGGGCUAUAGCCAUAGAACAGACAGUCAUUAUGACCAUGGUGUCUCAGAGAGACAGCACAGAGAAAGUAUGGAAAAUGGAGAUGGAACUGGAGAGGUGUAUGAUAGUGGAGCUCUUGCCAACUCUAAAGCUUCAGGUCUGUCCUCGAGCAGCUAUGAGCUCAGCCAGUACAUCAGUGGUACUGAACUGAGUGAGCCUGAGCUCAUAUCUCACACAGAUGCUGUACCCAUGGAGGUGGCUCCACUGAAGUUCUGCAUCCCUCAUGUGGCAGUGAGCUUUGGGCCUUCAGGUCAGCUGGUAUGGGUCAGUCCAGCUCUUGCCUCUGAGGGAGAGCCUGCUCAAGUGGAACUCCACAGUCUGGAGGUAAUUCUCUGUGACACACAUGAACAGCAGGAUAUGAGAAAUUUCCCUGGACCACUGGCUAGGGAGGAUUUGCAUAAGGUGGAUGCCAUUAAUUUUGCCCUCCAAAUGUCAGAGAAAUGUCUGAAGGAUGAGAAAUUAGAAGAUGCCACUUCUGCUGCCCUCGUGUGGCAUCUACUAAUCUUGCUGUGCAGACAGAAUGGAAGAAUCAUGGGUUCAGAUGUUGCAGAACUGCUGAUGAGGGACUCCAGUUCUUUGGCUGCGUGUGGGGUCUCUGGUGAUGAAGAUGGAGAAACUCUCAUUGAUCUGAGUGAAACACCCACAUCAGAAAAAGAGACCCUCAACUUUGCCGACCUCCUGACUGGAUAUCCACCAACUGACAAAGAGGCUGCAGAGCAAAACCUUCAGAGAUACACAAAACUACUGCUGUCUGGCAGAAAGAAGGAGGCGCUAGAGUCAGCCAUGCAGAGUGGUCUUUGGGGUCAUGCUUUAUUUCUGGCUAGCAAAAUGGACAGCAGAUCCUACAACACAGUGCUGAGCAGGUUUACAGGGAGUCUGGCUCCUAGUGACCCUCUGCAAACCCUCUUCCAGCUGCUCUCUGGGAGGAUUUCAGCCGUUUCCAUGUCCUGGAGUAGUGAGAAGUGGGGAGACUGGCGACCACACUUGGCUGUUUUGCUGUCCAAUGAGACAGGAGACCCCUUUAUACAUCACAGGUCCAUCAUCACCAUGGGUGAUACCCUAGAUCUCGUGUUCUCUUACGUUCUCCUCUCAGCCUCAAGGGAUAUGCUGUAUGCCUCCCAGAUCUGCUACCUCACAGCUCAAUGUCCCUUUGGCUGGUACACAAACAGAUCAGAACGCCUUGUGCUUCUGGGCAGCAAGCAAAGUGUUCUGUUUUCCAAGUUCUGUCACAACUCUGCCAUUCGCUGUACUGAACUCUUUGAGUACUGCCAGAGGCUUGGAAAUGCUGAAUUUAUCAUUCCUGCUUUUCAGGUGUAUAAAUUCCUAUAUGCAUGCCGGUUGUUGGACUGUGGUCUGGUUUCUCAGGCUUUCCACUACUGUGAGGUGGUGGCAAAAGCUCUGCUCAAGAUAGAGGAACCCCAUGUGGUGUUGCAGGGAGAGCUUAUUAAAUUGGUGGACAGACUGAAGUUCUCCGAGGCACAGCUCAGUGACACAGGUCAGCCUUUCCUGGAUCCCGACUGGCUGGUGCAGAUUCGCUGCAGACGCCAGGCCAUGCUGGAGGAGAGCUACUGUAAUGAAGCAUAUCAGUCACCAGUUGGGGAGACUACUUGGAGUCAUGAGGAGAGCAACACGUUUUCAGAUUUUACAGAAGGCUUCCAGACAGAUGCCGUUAACCACACUAGCACUGAAAACGAAACCUCAAACCCACCUCAAUCCAUGAUACCUAACACUGAUGCCGGGUUUCAGGAGUCUUACUCUACAGUGAGCCACUCUUACUCUUCUGAAGAACAGGCUCCUAAGACCGUGGCCCCAGUGCCACUGUACCCGACCCAGCAGCCAAUGACACUGCACCCAGUCUUCCCUAUGGAAAUGUCUGGGCCUCCACAAGUUUCAAUGGACCAAAGCUACUCUAAUCUUGAUAGCAGCAGUAAAAAUGAUAACAUUUACACUGCUGCUUCUACUUUGCCUACAAGAAGCUACAAUGAUACAGAUGGUGACUUUUCUGCUGGUGCAAUAAUGGGUGCUGCUGAAAACGACGCUAUGGUUGGUAGUGUUAAUCAGUCCGGGACAAUUCCUUAUCAGGACAACCAGAGAGAGUCCAGCACACAAUCAGCAAAGCCCUCUAAGCCUGGAUGGUUCAGUGGCUGGUUCAAGUCUAAGCCUAAAGAAGACCCAAAAGAACAAAUCCCAGAACCCAAACCCACCACUAGGGAAUCAACAGCCUACUUUCCUUUCCCUUCUCCUCCUCCACUCAUCCCAAAGGCAUCACAGCCCCAACUCAGUGGGAUCAAUCCUUUUUCUAGGAGCGCUGGACAAAAAUUGUCUGGGACAAAGAGUCAGAAUCAAGGGUCCAUUUCACAGGGUCCCUAAUGAAGGUUCGUAAUUGAGGAAUAAUCACCAAAUGAGGAACUCGGGGAUGGACUUUCAGCCUCGUGACUAGUGUUCACAUGACCAAGGGAUUCCAUUGGCACACCCCUUCAGUUCCACUAGAGGAGGUCAGAGGGGCCUAUGUAUCUUGAUAUACAGUAACACCUGUGGUUACAGAAAUACACUGAGGACAUAGAGUUCUUGAAAUAAUCUGUUAAGGGUUUGGUGCCCAGUCUUCUUUGAAUGAAGACACUGAACAGCUGAGGCACAGCUCCCCGUGCUGACUCUAGGGAUUUGUGUCAUUCCCUUUGGGAACGUGGACAUGAUGGAAAUGGGUGCUGAGCAAAGGUGCUGUGACUUAUGGAAACAUGAACUUAAGACGUCUCCUCAGCUGGCAAUGUCAGUAAAUUGUAUAACAUAUAACACUUCCAUCCCUCAUCCCACCUCCCCACAUGCAAAAUUAUUUUAAUAAUUUAAGUGGCUUUCACAAUUCAAAUGUUUAAGAUAUGGUGCCGGAGAGUAGUGAAAAUGUGGGAAAUGUUGUAAUUGUACAGGUGGUCCCUUUGGGUCACAGCCUUGAUUUAUUCCAGAGGAAGAGAUAUUGAUGUUUUAUUCAAUAUCUC